CAUGACCAGUGUUAAGUAUGAAUGGGUGAGCACUCCGCGUUCCCCUUCCGACCGUACUGCGCUGUACUGCGCCUGCGUGCUGUGUGAGGGUGUCGCGCAUGCGCAGUGCGCAGUGAGGAGGGGGAGCAGCAGUGACAGAAAGAGGGAGUUUUGGGUGGAAACAGCGGCUAACGGCUAACAGCUAACCGACAUCUUUCUACCUGAAUAAAUAUAAUAAUUAUAAAUAAACUGCUCUCAGGGUGAAGAUCUCGUGGGACGCAUCGGGACUCCUGCUGAUCGAUCAGUGUUUAACCUGUUCUGAGGAUCUGAGCGUGAUCGAUCUCCUCCGUUCCAUCAAUUUCUGGUGUCUGAUAACCGAUGGACCAGAAUGUCGACGACUAAUAACAUAGCCCAGGCCCGAAAACUGGUGGAGCAGCUCCGGAUCGAGGCUGGAAUAGAACGCAUCAAGGUGUCGAAGGCGGCGGCUGAUCUGAUGAGUUACUGUGAGCAGCACGCGCGCGGUGAUGCCCUCCUGGUCGGGGUUCCAACCUCCGAAAAUCCCUUCAAAGAUAAAAAACCCUGCAUCCUUCUAUAGCUCCUCCAUUUAUACCCCCCAUCAUCCAUCAUCAUCCACCCAUCCACCUGUCCAUCAUCCCUCCACCUGUCAUCCACCCGCCAUCCACUCUCCUCUGUAGAACCUCUUUAUCACUCUCCUAACACUCACUACACUACUGAUACUUACUGAGAGAGGGGCGUGGUCCUCUUACUGAGAGAGGGGCGUGGUACUCUCAUUGAGAGGGGGGCGUGGUCCUCCCACAUACAGAGGGGCGUGGUCUUCAGCACCAAGGUCGUCUGUAUGCACUAGCAUAAAUCCAUGAGAACUGAAGUUCAUACAGAAGCUCAGAACCAGAGAGAACCUGACUCAGCUCUCAGUGUGAGGGAACAUCUACUCACCCCGUGUCCUGAUCCACACCCUGCUCACCUCAUAGUGCACCAGUCCAGCACAGACAUCAGACUGAGAGGUGUGGAGAACCCAAACUAAAGGUUCUAGACUAGAGCUUAGAGCUUCUAGACCACCAUGCACGGUGAAGGUUCCAGAAUAGAUCUAGAGUUCCUCAUCAGUGUUCCACAUCAUGGUUAGAACAUGGUGUUCUGGAUUCUGUGAGCCACAAUGUGAUGGUUCUAAAAACCCUGAUGACCAAGUGUCUGGUCUGCUAAAAUCUGAGUUGUUAAAGGUUCCAGCAGUGAUGUUCUCCAGUCCCAGUGUUCCAGUCCUGGAGUCAUCAGUGUAAAUGUUCCUUGGUGUGAAGUUCUGGAAUCUUCUCAGUGUUUUCAGAGCCACGCCUUGUUUCUAAGAGCUCUGGUGGUGUGUUGAAGGUUCCUCACAGGUUCAGCACUCUGGUGAGGAUUAGUAACUAGACUAGUAACCAGUGCACUGCAGUAGGGAGCAGGGUGCCAUUUGGGACACAGCCCAAACCUAAAGUCACGAAUAUGUUCUUGUUUACAAAGGGUUUCUACAGUGUGUGUGUGUGUGUGUGUGUGUGUGUGUGUGUGUGUGUGUGUGUGUGCACGCGCGCGCUUCAUUCUUUCCUCUUUUUACUCUUGUAAUGAGUCUUUAAUUAAAAGCUAAAUUUAUUGGAAUGAGUGUGUAGCCCCGCCCGGCUCUGAGCUGACCCUGAGUGGACGGACUGGAACAGUUUGGAAUCAGGUGGUGUGUACAGAUGAUUGAUCUUCAGUCGGAGGUAUCGGCUAUGACCUACCUCACAAUAUCACCCCCCCCCCCAUGCCCUUUGUGUGGGAUGGUGUCGGGCGUGGCUCUAAUCGUUCGUUUCCAUUUCCUCUCUGUACAGUGUUUGAUAAACUGGCGCUGUGCCACCUUACUACCAGCCUCACCCCCAAACACCCCCAUCCCAAUUCUGCCCCCCCAGAAAUGCUCUACCAUCAUCUCCUGAUUCAUCAUCACCAUCAAACCCUUUCUGUACCUCACAUCACUCUCUGUGUGUGUGUGUGUGUGUGUGUGUGUGUGUGUGUGUGUGAUCUUUUAUACAUAUAGAAAUCUUAAACAUUCUAGAAUUCUCAGUCUGAAGGUUCUAGAUUCAUCAGUAUUGACGACUCCGCCGUUCUGGGUUCUCCAGGUUCUAAACCCUCAUCGCUGUAGAUGGUGCAGGUCCAGGUUCUGGAGGACCUAGUGAGAACGUUCUGGAUUUAUUAGCAUUACAGGCUCCAGAUUCAGUGAUCUGGAGUCCAUCAGUACUGAGCUUCAGAGCUUCUACAGCUCUCAGUUUUAUGGUUCAGGUCCAAGUGUUUUAGGUUCUAAGCCCCUAAUAAGAAGGUUCUGCAUACACCCCCUUCCCCCCAUAUUUAUGGUUCUGGAUUUAUCAGUAUUUAAGGUUCUGAAGGUUGAGAUUUAGAAACUCUUUCUCUGAAGGUUGAGAAAGUUCCUCUUAAAGAUUCUAGAAACCAGAAACUCUUCUAGGUUCUGUGUGGUAGAUUUCAGAGUUUCUGAUGCAGAAGUUCUAGACUCGUUAACAUUUGUUCUAGAUAAAGCAGCUCAGAAAUUAAAAUGAAAACAAGAGGUUCUAGAACCAGUGUGAAGGUUCCACAGUCCCCGGGGUGACAGUUCCAGAUUCCAGGUGUAAAGGUUAGAGGAUCUAGAACCAUUGAGAAGCUCAGACUCUUGGUGCUGAAGGUUCUAGAAUCAUCAGUAUUGACUAAUCUGCUGUUUUUGGGUCUCCAGGUUCUAAACCUUCAUCAUUGUAGAAGGUAGAUGGUGCAGGUCCAGGUUCUGGAGGACCUAGUGAGAACGUUCUGGAUUUAUUAGCAUUACAGGCUCCGGAUUCUUCAGUAUUUCAGGUUCUAGAACCGUCAUGAGUAAAUGAUCUGGAGUGUAAAGGUCCGGGUCCAAGUGCCCCCCCCCCAUGUUUAUGGUUCUGGAUUUAUCAGUAUUUAGGGUUCUGCAGGUUGAGAUAGAAACCUGAAGCUCCUCUAGGUUCCUGAUGAAGCCUCGUUUAAAGACAUUCACGGCUCUGAGGUUCUCGUACGUUCUGUGUGGUAGCAGCAGCAGUGUUGUUGGGAUUGGUCUCGGUUUCACCCACCGCUACUGUAGAACAUGAAGGAUUUUAUUCUCUCGUUUGCACUUUUAUAUUCACACAGAAUCUCCGGGUUCUGAACCGAACCCCUCCUCACUGCCACCUCCUCCUUCCUCUCCCAUUAUACCCAGUAUAAACCAGUUCAGAACCGUGUGCAGCUCGAAUUGUGCAGAACCAAAACUACACGCCGUCCAUAAACUCCUCAGAGUAAAAUCCUCAGAGUCCUGCUGCAGUGAUGAACGUGUGGAUCCUCACCACUGCCGUCCACCCAGCUCGGAUUAUUAUUAUUAUAGGAUUAAAAUAAUAUCAUUAUAAUAACAACAAAAAUAUAUUAAUAAUAAUAAUAAAUGAUUAACUUCGACCAGCAGCAGUUUUGAUGAAAUAAAUGUAAAUAAAUUCAGAUUUAAACGCUGUGACGGUUCUGAGAUUAAAGUGCCGAGUUUUAGUGCCAAAUUUUAGAAAUAAACUCACAACAGUGUAGAAUUAUAACUGUGUGUGUGUGUGUGUGUGUGUGUGUGUGUGUGUGUGUGUGUGUGUGUGUGUGUGUGUGUGUGUGUGUGUGUGUGUGUU